GAGUCCCCCACUGGCUGCUCUGAAAAGCCAUCUUUGCAUUGUUCCUGGGUUCAGCUCCUCGCUCGCCGCAACCACCUCCGCCGCGCGCCUCCUCCGCCGCCGCGGACUCCGGCAGCUUUGUCGCCAGAGUCCCUGAACUCUCGUUUCCUCCUUAACCCACUGCAUCGGCUCACCGGCGUGCCCCACCAUGUCAGACGCGGCCGUGGACACUAGCUCCGAGAUCACCACCAAGGACUUAAAGGAGAAGAAGGAAGUUGUGGAGGAGGCAGAAAAUGGAAGAGAUGCCCCUGCUAAUGGGAAUGCUAAUGAGGAAAAUGGGGAGCAGGAGGCUGACAAUGAGGUAGAUGAAGAAGAGGAAGAGGGUGGUGAGGAAGAGGAGGAGGAGGAGGAAGGUGAUGGCGAGGAAGAGGAUGGAGACGAAGAUGAGGAGGCUGAGGCAGCUACAGGCAAACGGGCAGCUGAAGAUGACGAGGAUGAUGAUGUUGAUACCAAGAAGCAGAAGACCGAUGAGGAUGACUAGACAGCAAAAAAGGAAAAGUUAAACUAAAAAUAAAAGGCCACCGUGACCUAUUCACCCUCCACUUCCCGUCUCAGAAUCUAAACGUGGUCACCUUCGAGUAGAGAGGCCCGCCCGCCCGCCCGCCCACCCACCGCGGGCAGUGCCACCCGCAGAUGACACGCGCUCUCCACCACCCAACCAAAACCACAACGUGAAUUUGCAACAGGGGAGGAAAAAAAAAAAAAAGAACCAAAACUUCCAAGGCCCUGCUUUUUUUCUUAAAA